GCGUUUUCCUUCGAGAUAACGCCAAUCCACUGUGUUCCUCAAUAAUUUUCCGUCGAACCAAACAUUAUUUUGUAGAAAAGUAGAUAUGAAUUAUUAAUAGAGAGCAUGUACAGUCUUGUCAGAUCUCCGCUCGGAACAGUACACCCGCGUUUUCGUCUCGCUCUCUCUCAAGAGAUGAUGAGAAGACAACAAGAUCAACAAUCUGGGGCUUUGUACGAGCUCUCUGCUUUGAUUAUGAAUAUUCUCCGAUCUCCUCCGUCUUCUGUUGACUUUUCGGAUCGGUCUCCGGUGAUGCAGCAUCAGCCGGGGGAAGUGAGUUCAUCUCUGAGGGCUUCGGCUGUGGCGAUGCCUCAGAUAACGCCGGCGGGUUUCGCGUCGUUACUGUUGGGGAUUUCGCUGGCUUUGAUGCUAUGUGGAUCGGUGACGUUCUUCAUUGGAUUCAUAUUGAUGCCUUGGGUGCUUGGAUUGGUCAUGGUUUUCUAUUUUGUUGGGAUUGUCUCGAGCUUGUCGAUGCUUGGAAGGGCGAUUCUUUGUUACACCACUUCACCCCCCACGCCGCCUAAGGACGUCCCUGGUGAGGUUUCUUAUUGUUCUGUUUCGUGA